GUCGUCUUUAUAAGCCUUGCGUGAUAAUUCAGCAUUUUAGAUUGAUAUUGGGGAUUUAAUUCAUCUUUUUCGAAGAGCGAUCGUGUAUUUUUUCUCGAUGUGGUAAAAUUAGGGGUGGGGAUUAAGAAGCAGGUUCGGGUUCACGGUAUCGGACGAGGCGGAGAGUGUAAACAAGCGGCCAUCAUGAUGAACUGCUGGUCAAUCGGAGCCUUUCUCGUCCUGUUUCUGGGCUCCUUUUGCCUCUGGAACUGCCUCACGCGGGACGAACUGCUCGACUCGCCCGACUGGCACGGCUGCCGUGACCAGAAUGGAAAACCUGUGGACGAGUUUGUUGUCUACAAGUUGCCGAAAGACAGAAAUUCAGGUUUUGGUCCUCUGCGUGAAGGGUCAGCCUACAUGUAUCUUACGCCAGAAACUGCAGUCAGACUACAGAGUGGAGGAGUAUCCAGUGUGCUCAGUCAGUACAGUGAUUCAGCAAGUGGCUGGGUCCUUAGCAACAUCAGCAUCAACAAUGAACGUUCUAUGCUAGCUUGGACCCUUAGUCGGCUCUAUAGUGAUCCUGAGCGACUAAAGAAUACGGCCUAUAUUAUGUACAAUGAUGAAUUUCCAAACAACACCAAAAGUUUCACCAAAGGGCACACCAAAGGAGUGGUGUUACUAACAGAACUAGGGGGCUUUUGGCUCAUUCACUCGGUGCCCAAGUACCCUCCUCCGCCAGAAGAUGGCUACUCAUACCCGUCUUCAGGGCAACAUUAUGGGCAGACCAUGUUGUGUAUCAGCUUACCUGCACAUCAGGCUAACAAUGUCGGUCAGCUGCUGUUUUACAAUGAACCCUUCAUAUAUUCCUCUAAUAUGCCCCGUGCCCUGGAACAAAAAUUUGCCAUGCUGGACAGGGUCAUCCGGGGGGAACAACAACCUCAAGGACCACAGUGGUUUAGGAUAGUUAAUCUCAUUUCUCAGCGUGGAAAACGCUUUAUGGCAUUUGCAAAAUACAGGAAAUAUAAUGAUGACCUGUACAGUGGUUUAGUGGCACCAGUGUUGAAGACAAACAUAGCUGUGGAGACUUGGAGGAACGGCCCCCAUCCCCUCCCAUCCUCUUGUAAUGGUUCAUACAGGGUAAUAAAUGUCCAAAGUGUGUCAGCCAAGGCAGCUGCUACAAGCUUCUCAACCCACCACGACCACAGCAAAUGGGCUGUGGCUACACAACCUGAUUCGUCGUAUGUCUGCAUUGGGGACAUCAACAGAAUGGAGACACAAUUCCAUCGAGGGGGAGGGACAGUGUGUAUGUGGAGCCUUAGCAUCUGGCACAGAUUCCACAGUCUGGUGCAGAGUGAGGAGGUUUGUCCCAUGACAGGGUGAGACGGGAGCCAGAGAUGCAGUAGACCUGACACUGAAUUACAGUUCUGAUUUGUCUGGUACAAGGUUAUGUCUUGUUCUAUUCAUUACUCCAGAUAGGGUUUACUGAAUGUGAAAAUUGUAAAUGAUAAUGCUUCUGUCUGUUUGUGGUCGAGCUGAAAAUGGUCUCUGGAAAUUAGAAUAUAACUGCUGGAAUUCCUGUACCUUGAAUGAUAAGAAAAGAACAAAGAAUGAUUGAUUAUUUUUUUUUUUUUUUUUUUUAUGAAUUGUUCUAAGUAAUGCUCUUUUUUUAUCAACUUUUUAUAGUAAUUUUACUCAGAAAAAAAUAAAAAUAAAAAAUAAAUUGUGAGUUUAUGGAACUCACUGAUCAAAAAUGGAAGAAAGUCCAUUUUACUAUUAAGCAUGAUAAACAGCAAUAUUAUCCAGGUCAAAAAGCACUUUUCUGCUCCUCUAUAUAUUCUCAAGAAAUCAAUUUUUUACUGAUAUUCAGAAUGAAUUUUCUUAGGGUAAUGAACUGUACAAGAAAACACUUUAACCACUGUGGCAUUGCUAAGAGGAAAGUUCAAAUUCACAAUUGCAAAAUUUUAAGAUGAGAAAUAUUCUUACGCACUCUUGGGAUAUAACUGAAGGAGGACCUGAUGCGUUUGAUUGGGAAUUUAAUAUUUUGUAUGUACAGGUUCAAGUUAAAGAUUUAAAUGUCAAUUUUUGGAAGCAAGAUUCCCUGUUAUUCCAGAAUCAAGCACAGGUUUUGGAACUGAAAGUUUUGUACAUACAGCUAAUAUUAUAUCAUAACUUGCAAGUUUUCUGUAAAUAUUUUUAAUGUUUGUUGUUUCAUUGACUGUAAGGGUGUAAUGGGGUUUGCAACCCAUGUCACAUGUUUUCUUAGGGUUCAUGAUACUUAUAAACACUUACAAAGUUCACAGUUGUUGGG